UCUCUAACAGCGCGAGCCCAGCACUGCUCAGAAAAGACAGAUAUAGAGAAUCAGGCGGCUGCAAAGGGUGGCAGUACGACCCUCUUUUGGGUGGGGGGGGUCUGAUUAUAACAAAAUAUAUACACACAUAUAUGCAUGCCCAGGGCCGCGAGAUAGGUCAUAUGCCGAUUGUAGAUUUUUAGCAAACAUCUAGAGGUCUAUCUAUACAUUUCAAAAUGCCUAUUUUACUUUUUCUGAUAGACACGUCCGCUUCUAUGAAUCAGCGCACUUAUUUGGGUACGACGUAUCUGGACAUUGCUAAAGGCGCGGUUGAGAUCUUUAUGAAGCUGCGUGCCCGAGACCCGGCUAGUAGAGGCGACAGGUACAUGCUAGUUACAUUCGAUGAUCCACCAUACGGCGUAAAGGCGGGUUGGAAAGAGAAUCAUGCCACAUUCAUGAGCGAGCUGAAGAACCUGCAGGCAUCUGGACUGACUACAUUAGGUCACGCUCUCCGUGCCGGCUUCGACCUGCUCAAUCUCAACAGACUAGUCUCUGGCAUCGACAACUAUGGGCAGGGUCGCAACCCGUUCUUUCUGGAGCCAUCGGUCAUUAUUACGAUCACAGAUGGCAACAAACUGACACACAGCUCUGGGGUGGCUGAGGAGCUACACCUGCCACUGAAUUCCCCAUUGCCAGGUAGUGAGCUGACGAAGGAGCCGUUCCGCUGGGACCAGCGACUCUUCGCCCUGGUCCUGCGGCUGCCAGGAAUGGCCGUGCCCGACAGCGAGCAGCUGGGCAGCGUGCCCACUGAUGAGUCUGCUAUCACCCAGAUGUGUGAGGUCACUGGAGGCCGCUCUUACUGUGUGAGGACGCAAAGGAUGCUGAACCAGUGUCUCGAGUCUCUCGUCCAAAAGGUUUUGAGUGGAGUUGUAAUACACUUUGAGAAGAGCGGUCCUGAUCCACCUGUGAUAGGCGAAGAUGGUCUUGUGGAUCCAGCUCGUCCUUUGUCGUCCUUUAGUCCGCAGCCCUGGCACAGCUGCCACAAGCUCAUUUACGUCCGGCCCAACCCCAAGACGGGCGUUCCUGUGGGUCACUGGCCAAUCCCAGAAUCCUUCUGGCCUGACCAGAACUCCCCCACUUUGCCUCCACGAUCUGCCCAUCCUCUGGUGCGCUUUUCCUGUAUCGACUGUGAGCCGAUGGUUAUUGACAAGCUGCCUUUUGACAAAUAUGAGCUGGAGCCGUCCCCGCUCACCCAGUUCAUCUUGGAGAGGAAAUCUCCUCACAUGUGCUGGCAGGUGUUUGUGAACUGCAGCGGCAAACACAGUGAUUCAGCACACCCGUUCGGCUACCUGAAGGCCAGCACUACGCUCACCUGUGUCAACCUCUUCGUCAUGCCUUACAACUAUCCCGUCCUGUUGCCACUCCUCGAUGAUUUGUUUAAAGUGCACAAGCUAAAGCCAAACCUCAAGUGGCGGCAGGCCUUUGAAAUGUACCUGAAGUCCAUGCCUCCUUACUUCCUCUUGCCUCUCAAGAAGGCGCUGAGAAUGAUGGGAGCCCCAAAUCUCAUCUCUGACAACAUGGACUGUGGCUUGAGCUACAGUGUCAUUUCCUACCUAAAAAAACUCAGCCAGCAGGCAAAGAUUGAGUCAGACCGUCUGAUUGUGUCUGUCGGGAAGAAGCCUCCUCAAGAGACAGGCAUCAAGGUUAAGAACCACUCAAGUGCCCUGUCUCUGGCACACCGCCGUGAUUUUAAGCAGCUCCUGCAGGGCAUCACAGGCGAGGUACCCCUCCGACUCAUCGACAUGAACUUCAAAGAGUUCGCUGGUUUCCAGAUUGCACUUCUCAACAAGGAUUUGAAGCCCCAGGCCUAUAGGAACGCUUAUGAUAUUCCACGACGGAACCUUCUAGAUCAAGUGACUCGGAUGCGUUCCAAUCUUUUGAGAACAACACAGAAGCUCAUCAGAGGCCAGGAUGAUGACUACUUGCACAGUAUUCCAGUGGGGCAGAUGGGAAAUUAUCAGGAGUAUCUGAAGAUGAUGCCAUCACCUCUGCGUGAGAUUGAUCCAGACCAACCUAAAAGACUGCACACAUUUGGCAACCCUUUCAAGCAGGACAAGAAGGGAAUGAUGAUCGAUGAAGCAGACGAGUUUGUGACAGGCCCACAAAAUAAGAAGCGGGGUAACACUGGGGAUCUUAACUCAGGCACUGCCCUGAAGAGGAGGAGGAGUAUGUCCCCUCUGCUGCGCCGACCCCAAACUCCUCCAAUAAUAACCAAUCAUGUCCUCAGCAAGGGCCCCGCAGGGACUCAGGGCCAGCAAGGAAUCAUUAAACCCAUCCCACUACACAAAGGAUCUGAAGGAAACAGUGUAGGAGGCACAGAAAGCAAUGGGGAGCAAGCGCCAGGCGGGGAGGCUGGAGACGGGUGGUCUGAUGGAGUGGGAGGAGAACCUGCACCUGUGGAGGACACAGGAGAGGAGGGGACACCAGACGGUGAGGAGGAGAGUAUAGGACUGGAGAACUGUCUGGAUGAGAGACCCUCUGAUCUCACACAAAACUGUGAGGACCUGAGUCCUCCGGGCCAGGAGGGGGUGGUGGAGGGCAAUGGAGGAGACACUCCGGACCAGGGCACAAUUGUUAUGAUUCCCCUGGAGGGGAGUAACGCGGAGCUGCGCACUCGAGUCCUCAAAGAAGUCCGCAAGCCUGGCCGCAAUUAUGAGACAAUAUUCAGGUUACUGGAGGAGGUGAAGGGGCCAGUGUCAGUGCAGAGGUACUUUAUUCAUCAUGCCAUCAAAGAGGCAGCCAGGUUUAAGAAGCGUGUGCUGAUCCAGCAGCUGGAGAGCGCUCUGGAGGAGAUCGAAGACAGACAGCUGCUGCCCACACAACUCAACAACGUCCACAGCAGAUAGUGGGACGUCACAUCUCACCGCUGAGAGACGCACGAGACGACAGAGAAGCGGCACACGGGCCGACCCAUCAGCCUCAGUACUGUGCUUAAGGAGGAGACGUAGCGAGGGAGAGAGUAAAUUAGAGAGGAUGGAGGCCUGUCUGGCUCACACUCCAGUCCAGGUGCUUCCACUUACUGAAUUGUGUGACAACUCGAGUGCUCACAAUGGAGAGAGGCCUUCCAGGUUUGAUGAAUAAUGAAUAAGCACACUCCAGAAAAGCCGAGCCUCAUCCACUGUGUGAUUUUACAGGGUCAUCCGAGGCAGAGGUCAGCGUCUGUCACGUGAAGUAUGUUUAUAUAUUAUGUCUGUCCACUGUUAUUUGGCAUCAAUGGAAAGUUCAGAGCUGAUAAUAGUAUGGAAAAUCUAUGAUAGAUUUGUGUUUGCAUGAAAUGCCCACAAGUCAUGGGGUUAACAACACAGUUGGACCUUUAAAGCAUUCUGGAUUGGGAACUACACUAUUGUAGACUCGAUAGCAAUAACCCUACAAUCAUCAGUACUCCAAACUCAAUUUUCUCCUCAACUAUGAAAAACACGUUUUUACAGUUAAAGCAGAUUUUUCAGAAGAACAUCCUUAUGACUUUGGAGAUUCAUUAUGAGAUUUGGUAGCUGGCCUGUUGUUGUAUUCGUGGUGAUAUGUAAUGUCACAUAGAUUAGCAUCAUUCAGUGUCCAAUAAGCAAUAUUGUCCAA